AGAGAGAAGAGAAAACACCCACCACCUCCCUUGUCGUCUCCGCGCUUCGCUCCGGCCUCCCCCCCACAAAUCAUCCGUCCCGCCGGCGAGGAUGCCGCCGAAACGGAGCGGUACCAUGAAGGCGACGGCGGCGGCGGCGGUGGGAGCCGCGGGCACAGCGGGAGCUUCUCCAGUCGGCGUCGGUCCAGCGGGAGAUGCAAGUGCUGCUGCGGGGAGGAGGGUUACGCGCCUUCGAUCGAGGGAGCUAGGGCUGGAGGCGACGACGGGCGCUGGGGGGGAUGUCGCGUCGGAUGAUCCGGGGCCGGCUCGGAAGAAGGGGAAGGUCCAGCCGGCGACGAAGGGAGCCAAGGGUAAGGCCGCACGAGCGGAUCCCCCUACCCCGCCGCCGCGUCCUAGAUUGCCGCCGUUCCCUAAAUCCGGCGAUCCCAUGGAUUUUCUCAAGUGGGAUAAAGAGUUCAGGAGGAUCUGCGCUCUUCCAGAACCUGCAGGUACUGUCAUCCCUUGCACUGUCAGGAGGAAGCCUACGGGCCCUCGCACCGUCAGCAUCACGGGCGUCGCAAGCGUAGCAGACAAUAGCAUGAUCCGGAAGGCUUCUCGUUCCGUCGUCGGCAUUUCCUCCAGGAUACCUGAUGGGAAGGAGAUUAUGCAAUGCAGUGGUAUCGUGGUCGAUUGGAACAAGACCAGCAGGUUGGCAACAAUCGUAACUUGCUCUGCAGCCGUGUGCUUUGAUGGUGCACUAGUCCAUCCCAACCCCAAGUUGCUCGUACAUUUGCCUAAUAGGUCUACCGCAGAAGGACAAUUGCUUUUCUUCAAUGCACACUACCGUAUUGCAUUGUUGGAGGCCUUGGUGGACUUUCCAUUGGAGCCUGCUAAUUUUGGCUCUAGUCCAAAAUUUGGACAAAAGGUGUUUACCUUGGCAAGGGACAAGAAGUCAUCCUUCUUUGCUAGGUCUGGGACAGUCCUGUUGCAGGAUCCACCAUUUUUUUUGAAGUACAAAUACUGGUUAUCUCUCAGCUCUGCAAUUGAACUGUGUGGCACUGGAGGACCUGCGAUUGAUGAGCGUGGCGAUGUUGCAGGGAUGACAUUCGGUCGUUUGCCAAAUCCGGAUGUCCUCUCUAUCUCUAUCCUGCAGACAUGCAUUGACAUGUGGAGGAGAUUCAGUCGUGUUGCUCGCCCCUUUCUUGAUAUGGACUUGAUAGCCUUUGAGACGUUGGAUAUUACACACCAGGAGGAGAUUGAAUCGGAACAUGGCAUUACCGAUGGUUUCAUCGUGGACUUGGUGUGCGAUGAUUCCACUGCUGGGAGACUUGGUAUUUCCAGGGGUGAUGUCAUUGUUUCAUACAAUGGACUUCGUGACUUCACUCUGCAUACGUUUGAGGAGUACCUUCUCAAUCUUGGCUGGGGUUUUCUUGAGAGUACAGAUCCGAGCUGGACGAUCAAUUUAGAGCUUGAGAUAUAUGAUCCUGUUAGAGGUACUAUCAGAGGUGUUACCUUCCCUCUGGGAUUUUCUGAUAUUUGCGAGGAUGUCCUUGUACUGCCAUGAGACAGCUGCGGCAUAAAUCGUCAAAGCAAUGUGGCUAACUGUCGCUAUGCCAUAUGCCUUUUUUUGUGGCAAUUGUUUUGUGAUGUCAUAUAUUAUCUUUUUUUUUUCUGGUGAGAUCUGUAACCAGAAGAACAUAUUGUGAUAUUGAUCCUUUUUUUGUUAUGCGGUAGGGCUGUUUGUGACUUGCAAGGUUUCUGGUGGCCACGAUUACAAAACUGAAAAAAGAUGAAACA